AUGACGGGAACGAUGACUGAUGUCAGUCACAUGAUAUGGGCUGGACCUAUGCAGAAGAACAGAUUCAAAGAGGCGACACAACUAAAAGGCUUGAUCAGCACCAGUAUAGAUGCAGUCGAUACGAUACAAGCUAGUGCUACCCACAAGAAGCGAAUUGUGGAUGAUAUAUUGAUGUUGUCGAAACUCGAUUCAAAGCUGUUAGUCAUCAACCCCAUAGUGAUACAACCCUCGGCUCUUCUACAAGACGCUUACAAGAUAUUCAAGGACGAGGCGAACAAAGCUCGCGUAGAUCUAGAAGCGAUACUGGAUCCCAGCCGGGUUUUACAGGUCCUUAUCAACUUGCUCACCAAUGCCAUCAAGUUCACCCAAAGCCAAGAAGUGCGCAAAGUCGACGUUAUUAUGAGCGUAUCACGCAAGGCAGAUCAGAUGCCUGGUGUGGAGUAUGUGCCCCAGGAAGCGGUCAGAAAAGAUUUCUUGACGCAGGCUGAAUGGUACAACACCGGGGAGCCAUUCUACCUACACUUUACUGUCAGAGACACGGGAUGCGGUCUGUCGCCCGAGCACAAAGCCAAACUAUUCCUGCGCUUUUUGCAGGCGACCCCAAAAACACAUGUUCAGUAUGGCGGCUCAGGCUUAGGUCUGUUCAUCUCGCGCGAACCCACCGAAAUGCAAGGCGGAAGCAUCGGCGUAUCAUCCGUUCACAAUGUUGGGUCAACAUUCACAUUCUACAUCAAAUCACGGAGGGCAAAAGAUCCAAAUACCCUUUCAACCACAAACGGCAACAAUAAGAAUGGCAGUCUGCCGAAUCGGUCCAAGGCUCAGAUCAUCCAGGGCGAUAUCAAAGCCCCCGACGGAGCACUACCUUCCGCCGUCCCCAUGGAAGAUCAGGAAAAUGGGAGAGUAAUCGAUGAUCACAAAUACUACAUUCUCGUCGUAGAGGACAACCUCAUAAACCAACGCGUGCUAUCAACCCAACUCAAAAAGCUGGGACACACAAUUCACGUUGCAAACCACGGUUUUGAGGCCCUCUCCCAACUAUCACGGACAUCAUUCUCCCCAACGCCAAGCGUGACGCCGCCUCUUCCUCUCUCCGUUGUCCACAUGGACGUUGAGAUGCCUAUAAUGGACGGUUUGACGUGCACGAGGCGAAUACGUGAGAUAGAGACGAAUGGCGAGUUGAGCGGACAUGUACCGAUUAUCGCUGUUAGUGCGAAUGCGAGAAGAGAACAGAUCGAUAUGGCGAAAGAAGCAGGCGUGGAUGAGGCGAUUUGUAAACCUUUCCGCAUCCCGGAAUUGGUGGCAUUGAUCCGGGGACUGGGGAUUAGAGGGGAAUGAGGUGGGUGGUGAUGCGGCGUUCAUCCCAAGGUUUGCUGCAUACAUACAUA